GAGGCCAAUAAAUUGGCUGAACUUUUCAGCGCCACCUCCUUUUUCAAAGAGUCGGCGCCUAUAGCCCUGGUCUCGCGUGUCGACGACCGGCAGUUUGGCCCCGUUUUUAUGAACUUAUUUGAGACACAGUUUACGCGAGUCAUCCAAAUGUGCAAAUCGUUUGCCACAUUCAACAGUAUUAAUGAAUGUGACAAACUCACCCUGAUCAAAGGGGGUGCGUUUAACGUGUUCACUAUGCGUACAGUUCCCUAUUAUGACCGCACUAAUCACGCCUGGACUAUUACACUGAAUAACGAGAGUACAGUUAUGUUUGAUUUGAAAUUGUUUAAAAGAUUUCCCACCAAUGUGUUUGUGUGGCUUAAGAAAUUUUUAAACCAAAUUGACCAAGAAUGGGAAACCGAUAUCAUUGUUUUGGACCUGCUAACAGCGAUAGUACUGUUUAACCCGGAUCGACCCAAUCUUGAACAUAAAAACUUUGUUAAGCUACAGCAGAAUAUAUAUAUGUAUUUACUUCAGCGCUAUUUAGCCGUCAGAUAUCAAUCGCAAACAGAAUCCACUUUGAAAUUCGUGAAACUUUUAAAUUGUCUCAAAGUCUUGAAUGUUUUAAGUGACAAUUUAAGACUCAGUAUGGAGUAUAAGGACCCUGAUCAUGUGCCACCACUCAUGAAGGAUAUCUUAGAUAUAAAUGAGAAAAGGUCGGGCAAUACAUGUGAUGGAUGUGCCGGCGCUACGGUUACGUCCAAUAAUAUCGUUGUUUUUUAA